UCGGCAAAUAAGGCGAGUGGAGGCUGUGGAGCAAAGCGCGCGUGGCCAGCGUUCUGUGACCGCCGGGCAGGCUAUAACGCUGUGUUGGGAGGACGGGACGCUGCUUUCCCAACACCCCCACUCCCGCUGGGGGCGCGGAACGAGACGAAGGGUCAUGCAGGCGGAAUCGGGCAUUGUGCCGGACUUCGAGGUGGGCGAGGAGUUCCACGAGGAGCCCAAGAUCUACUAUGAGCUGAAAAGUCAGCCGCUGAAAAACAGCAGUUUGGAGCACCCUGGAGCUUCCAAGCCUCCGCUAAGCUCCUCCAAUAUGACAUCACGGAUUUUGCUACGACAGCAGCUCAUGCGUGAGCAAAUGCAGGAACAAGAACGCCGAGAGCAGCGACAGAAGCAGCAGGCAGCUCAGUUCAUUCAGCAGAGAGGGGCUGUGAGUCAGACACCUGCCAUCAACGUCAGCCACCCCGCCAGCCUUCCUCCUGCGACCCAGGUGCCAAUGGAAGUCCUGAAGGUGCAGACUCACCUGGAAAACCCCACCAAGUACCACAUCCAGCAAGCUCAACGGCAACAAGUCAAACAAUACCUCUCAACUACGUUAGCAAAUAAGCACAACAAUCAGGCGUUAAGCUUACCUUGCCCAAAUCAGCCCGUUGACCACGUUAUGCCACCAGGCACUGGAAGCAGUGCACCCAACAGCCCUAUGGCCAUGCUUACAUUGAACUCCAACUGUGAAAAAGAGGGCUUUUAUAAAUUUGAAGAACAAAACAACAGAGCCGAAAAUGAAUGCCAGUCUCUGAAUACUCAUUCUCGAGUGUCAUGCAUGCAGAUGGAUGAUGUAAUUGAUGACAUUAUCAGUUUGGAAUCAAGUUAUAAUGAAGAAAUCUUUGGUUUGAUGGAUCCUGCUCUACAAAUUGCAAAUACGUUACCUGUCUCUGGCAAUAUAGUGGACCUGUAUGGGAAUCAAGGUUUGCCUCCUCCAGGACUUAACAUCAGCAAUUCCUGUCCUGCUAACCUUCCUAAUAUAAAAAGGGAACUCACCGGACUUGGCCGUCUCGUUCCCCAACCUUCUGGAGAAGAUUUUGAGGGUGCAGGGUACACAGGGGUACACGAAAAAGGAGGAAUCUCUUCCUUUCCUGUUCUACUGAUGGAAAAUAUUCUGGCAGAUGGAGGCUUAACUGAAUGCAGCCCGUUAUCCUCAGAAUCAGAGGCAAGAGCUUUGGCCAAAGAAAGACAAAAGAAAGACAAUCACAAUUUAAUUGAAAGAAGACGACGAUUCAAUAUUAAUGAUCGCAUAAAAGAACUUGGUACUCUGAUACCAAAGUCAAAUGACCCAGACAUGCGUUGGAACAAGGGAACUAUUUUAAAAGCCUCUGUGGACUACAUCCGUAAAUUGCAAAGAGAACAGCAAAGGACGAAAGAGCUGGAGAACAGACAAAAGAAACUGGAACACGCUAAUAGACAUCUUUUGCUCAGAAUACAGGAGCUCGAGAUGCAGGCUCGAGCUCACGGACUUUCCAUCAUGCCAACAACGGGCCUUUGCUCUCCAGAAAUGGUAAACCGGCUGAUCAAGCAAGAGCCCGUGCUUGACAACUGCAGCCAGGAAAUCCUACAGCAGCACCAUCCUGAGCUUUCUUCCACAACUACUCUUGACCUUACCGACGGCACCAUCACUUUCAACGGUGGCCUGGCAAAUGUGACGGAAUCGGCCACAAGCACCUACACCAUCCCUCCCAAAAUGGGAUCUAAACUGGAAGAUAUGUUGAUGGAUGAUACUCUGUCUCCCGUUGGAGUAACUGAUCCACUCCUAUCGUCGGUCUCUCCUGGGGCUUCAAAAACAAGUAGCCGGCGGAGCAGUGUAAGCAUGGAAGACACUGACUAUGCUUGUUAGUGGAUAUCCAUAGACAGGCCUCUCACAAACUUCUUCGUUUUUCCUGAUCAGUAGAUUAAAGUAACUUCCCCCCCCCCCCUAAUAUUUGAAUAUAUAAGUCUACGGAUAGCUCAGCGUAUAUGUGACUUUUUUAAUGUUUGAAAAGACUUGUAUAUUGUUUUAUAACUACAGUGCUUCCAAAGUAUAGUACUGUACUGUGAACUAGGUUCAUCAAGGAACUCCACAUGAUUUCAUCUCUACUCAGAAGCAAUAGACGUCUACAGAUCAGCAAGAUCCACUAAAGAGGAAACUUCAGUAUAACUAAGUAAAGUGACUUGGAAGUGAAAUGAAGAAGAAUGUAUAGAAACCAAAAAGAAAAUUAGCUUUGUAUAAACUAUUUUUCUGUUGACUUAAUAGUGCCUCCUUUUAAAAAAAAAAAAGCAUACAGUAUCUAUUAAUUCAUAUAAUCUUUCCCAUGGUGAUAGAUACUAUACAUGUAUCAGCAGGUUACCUGUACAGAAACUAACUAAUUUUAAGUACAGUUCAAGCUAGAUUUAAUGCAAAGGAGAGAUAUCUAAAGAUUCAGUGAUAUUUAAGUUCAUAUUAUUAUUAUCCAUUCAAAAUUAUGUCUUUAUCUUUUCGAAAAGCAUUACUUUUAAAUAAUCAUGAGGAAAUUAUUUUAAAAAAAUACUGUGCAAGACUUCAUAUUGCAAACUUAGUAUUUUUCUCUCAGUGGGGCAUAAACAAUUAUUUCCUCUUUUUUUAAAGAAAAAUAUGUGGUACAAAUAUCUGAUCUAAAUGAAAUUUUCAAUUUUUUGAUUCAACAUUUCAUUCUGAAUACAUUUUUUUUAGAAGAAAAUGCCUCUCGCCAUUACAUCAAGUUUUUGACAAUUAAAUUCCACUGAAAGAAAGCCAGUUUAGUGUAGUAGUUAAAACACCAGACUAGAAACUGGGAGACCAUGAGUUCUAAUCCUGCCUUAGGCACAAAGCCUAAAUGGUUGACCUUGGGCCAGUUACUCUCUCUCAGCCCUAGGAAACAGACAAGGGCAAAUCACUUCCAAAAUCUUGCCAAGAAAAUUCCAGGCAGUUGUCAGGAAUCAAAAACUGACUGGAAGGCACACACAAACCCCACUGAAUGGAUUGUUUUACAUUUUUUUAAUGCACAUUUCAGUAUAAGCUUUGAUGCAGGUACCUGUCUUUUCACGAGUGGAUUUGUUGCUAUUUUGUAUAUUACAGUAUUCUUUGAAAGGAAUGUUUUGACACAGACAGUUUAAAUAAUAACGUAGAUUUAAUCUAGUUAACAAAACAGAGCUCAGUAUAAAACAAAAACUCUGUGGUGGGGGAAAUCCCAACAUGCUCCUUUUUUUUUUCAGUGAGAGUAAUAUUGUUGAAAAUAAGGUUGCUAUGUUCUUUCAUACCGUAUUACACUUUUCAGCAAUCGUGUUGGAAAAAAAUUACUGUAUCUUCAGGUGACUGUGUCUUGAGCCCAACAAUGUUAGAUUUAACCAUGCAACAGUGUUGUUGUAAGAGCAUGUUCUGUGCAUUAUCUACUCUGGUGUAGGCCUAUGCAAUAACAGUAGUGGCGCCUGUACCCUAACCCUAACCUUGCCUAAUUAUUUUAUACAGAGGUUGUAUAAUCUAAUCAGUUGAGCAAGAGAUAAGUUUCCACCAUAGCAUGGAAUCCUAUCUCCUGGAGAAUGAAGUGCCUUAAAUUUAGCUGUAAUCCUUAUGAACUAUGACUGAAGUGUGAUGUAGGAAAAAUUGAGGGGAGAAGGGAAGGAAUCAAAGGGGGGUAGUUGUUGGGCUUAGGUCAUGAAACAAAAGAGUUUCUGAUCCUCCCACAGUCUGUGUUUCCUAAAGUUUUUUUACUCCCAUGCUUUGCUUACAUAUUCAGGAAGUCUGGUCUACUGGUCAGAGAUAAGCCUUCAGAAUGCUAGUGAGAAAGGCUGAUCAAGUCGUGGUAAAAUAAGGCUCCACAAUCAUGAGCUGCCAUGCACUUUUUGCUUUAUGAAACCUUCUUGAAACCACUCAGGCCCAAUUGUGCUGCUCUCUUAAGUCGAGUUGCACAGUGGAAGUGGGGCCUGGACCUGUUUUCAGCUUUGCCGAUCUCAUAGAGGCAGAGAAGAUGACUUGAAGUAAAGACCUUUUCUUUUAACCUCAACGGGUUUUUUCCCCAGCUCAUCAAUGACUCAGUUUGCUCCAAGCUGACUACCUGAAUGCUGAUAAUAUUUAAGAAUGUUUGUAUCCAUAAGAUAGGCGUAGAAAUUUGAAUGCUUUUAUUGCUAAGAAACUUUAAUCAGCUCAGUAUUUUUUGCAAGUUAAAAUGUUUGCAAAACAAUAUAAUCUGGAAACGAGUAUUUCCCAUGCACAGCAGAAACCUCAAGUUCAGUAGCCGAUAAACAGACUGUUGUUGCCAUAGAUCUACUUUCUCCAAACUGAUGCCCACCACAGAUAUUCCUGGACAAUAUUUGGAGGCAGUAGGUUGCAUGAAACUGCCAUGUACUAUCUAACUGUAGUUAGCAUUUUGUUGUGGACCGGACUCUUGAUAUUUUUGUUUUUAUAAUUAUUUUUUUAAAGUAUAUCUGACUUUGGGAGAGAAUGCUGUUCAAAGCCUAACCAAGCAGGCCAUAGCUUGAUCCUAAGCAAUGCCAGUGGCUUGUAUUAUAAGGUAUUUUUUCCUUUUUCUUUUUUUUUUAAGUGAAUAAAGAGCUGGAUCUGUGCAUGUUUUGCAGGAGUCGGCUUUCUUGAUACAACAUUUUCUCUCCUUUUAACUUCAAUGCAACAGAGUAGAUUAUGCAUAUUAAACAUACAUAUUUGCUUCUUUUUGCACAACCCAUUUCAUUUAAUGUAAUUGUUGGAAUGUCCAUCAUGCAUAUCCAGCGAAGGUCUAAGGCUGUUUUCAGUGCACACAAGAGUGGGGAUUAAGGUGGGGGCCGGGAUAAGAGGGAUGGAGUUUGUAAUCUACUCUCUGAAUUCUGUGGGUUUUGUUUUUUUUUAAUCAGGCAUUACUGUUACGGGCUUUCAAAUCUGCUUUUGCACACCUAAGGACUAGAAAUGUCCUUAUUUCUUCUGGAGGGAGAAAACCGAACCUAAGAUUUUUAAUAACAGAAAUUCUGCUCUGGUGUCAAGUUCUGUGGCUGCAACGUAAUAUAUGCAUAGCCUCCAUGGUGAAACAAGGCUGCUUUAAAAAAAAAAAAAAAAAACCCAUUCAUUCUGCUGGAUUCUGUUUUGUAGUGUUUUGAAUCAAGAAACACCCUUAGACCUAAAUAAAAUGUAACUGUGCCCUGUCAUUGAAUUUAGAGCAUCUCACACCUUAGUGGAAAUACAAUCUUAUCAUUUUAGAUCCCCUUAGUUGAAAUUUUUGCAUUCCACGAUUCCUGCUGUAUGUUGUUUAGAAUACAGAGCUUUUUCUCAUUUCACAGUCUGCAACACGACAUAUUUGCCUUUUUCUCACUAGCCAUUCACUAUUUUUCUAUGGGUUUCCCCUUUAAUGUGCCUACUUUGGAGUUUUCAUAUUGUCCACUUGUAGUUCAUAAAAAUCAAAUCUUGGAGACUGGUGCGAAACUUUGCAAUUGUAACAUAUGGCUCCAGAGGAUUGGAGGGGGGGGGUUGUCCAUCAUCAUCAUCUAGAACCCAAGUCCACAAUCUGAUUAGGCUUUCAGUGUGUGUUGCAUUUUUAAAAAAGAGAUGUCAGGGCCAUCAGAUACAUGGUAGAGCAUUAAACUCUACUGAAUCUCAAAGUACAAGGAUUGCAUGAACCCAGAUGAGAAAAAUAGAAGAGAAUCCUGAAGUGGCUGUUUGGACAUGGAGUUCAAUUUCAUUUUUGCCAAAAUCACAAAGACUUCUUAGUGCCAUGAGCAGCUUCCUUACUACUUUUAAACAGUUAUAAAAAGCAAUACUAACUCUUUUGCCUACAAAGCCUUUAGGAGAAAAGAAACAAACAAACAACAAAGCACAAAAUAAUGCACUUAUCACAUGGUUGGACACAAAAUGCACUGGUGGAAAAAAAAAUUGAUGGUAGAAAAGGCCUUUGUAUCUUGAAAAAAGUGAUAUGAAUUACUGCCUCUAGUUCUGGAUGUUUAGUACCAUACUGUUAAUCUUUUCAUCUGCUGUUGGCCGCAGCAGUAAGUUGUGUAUGAUCCAUCGCACUGUAAAUUAUGGGUCAAGUUAAUGUAAGCCAAUUAAAUAAUUUGAACUGUUCCUAAUAGAUGAAUUAAAGUGGUUUUUUUUAAUGUAA